UCGAAAGACUUACGUAGAAAGACCAACUGGAGAGGAACCGCCGCCAAAAUCGGAGGAAGAUGAACUCGUUGGUGAAAUGUACCGUCUAAAGCAAUCCGGAGAUGCUGGAGAGGACUCCCUCGAAGCGGAUGACCGCGAAGCUGGAUUAGAAAAGCGCCAAAAUGCGAUGAAGCGCUUGGGAAUAUCUACUGGCAAUAAGACUCGACACGUUCUAUCACAGGAUACACAGAUGACGGCCAGAUUCGAGAUUAUAAUUCGGAUGAACCGCAAUAUUUAAAAGAAAUGGAAGAAAGUCUUGUUGGGAGGUUGGACAGGAUGUCUAGCUUUCGUCUUCAUUAUCCAGACGAAUCCACAAAAGUACAACUUCGCACCACGCCGAAGUCCGGCUUAGAAAGAGUUCGAAAGGGAAACCCCGUUGAAGCGGAUAACCGCGAAGCUAGUAGCUUACAGGAAGCAGCUGAGGACGACAAAGAUUACGAUAAUUUGGACAGUUUUAAUGAAAAAGCGUUGCAACUAGAGAGUUCUAGUAGCUCUCCUGAAGCAAGUGGGCCAAAUAAAAGCAAAGGCGAUAGCACCAAAGCGGGAAUCCGCGGACGGGAAAAGGAUAUUGUGGAUGCCGUUAUGUGCUUUUCGGAGACGGCAAAGGAAGCCGCAGACAUGCAGUGGAAGCAAUGGUGUGCCGAACAAAAAGAAAUUGCCUUGGAUAGGGAAGCAAAAAGAGAAAUAGAAAAGCAAAAGCUUGAGCUGGAAAGAGACCGUUUAGAAAAAGAAAUUGAACAGCGGAAUAAGGACCGCGAAGCUGAUUUGCAGAAACAUUUGGCAACAGUUAAGGCUUUGGAAAAUGUCAUGGAUCGUUGUUUGAGCAGAAAUAACGAAAAAACUUAA